AGGGGUUUGGAUCAGUGAGCUUGUGUGUUUUUUUUUUCUCGCUCCCCUCCUCUCUCCUGCACGGGCUCCUAAUUUGGGAUUUGUUUGAAAGCGGGACUUCGCCCCAGGAAGACUUUUUCCUAGCUGGGGAAAGGGAACCCAGCUCCCUCUCUCUGAGAUUAUACACACCCUCACACACACACACACACACGCUCCCCAAAAUGUCUGAUUCCACUGUCAACGCUCACUUGGAGGGGAUCAUAUCAGACUUUGAAGCGCUGAAACGAUCGUUUGAGGUUGAGGAGACCGACUCAUCCACACACCCUUCACCCCUGACUCGUCGGAACACCAAUCCCCUCCGCUCGUCCACCUCCUCUGCCUCCAGCCAGCGGAGCUAUGAUUUGAGCUCCCGCGGCUCUGACUACUCCUCUUCCAGAUCUUCUCCCUCUGAGUCCUCCAAUCUUCGUUCCCCCAAGACAGGCAUGAGGCGAAUUGAGCUAUCAGGGGGUCGCAACCCUGACGCAGCCUCUGCCCGCCGCACAGAAAUCUCAAUUGAAGUCUCAUCUAAGCAGGUUGACAACUCACCGAGUGCCGGGAUCGCCCGUUUCGGCCUCAAACGGCCUGAGGUCAGCCUUAGCAGUCGGAGUACUCCUCUGGACACCUCCUCCAACUCUUUUUCAUCAAACAGGAGGGCAGAGCUCAGCGUGACGCGUCCAAGCGAGCCACCAGCUCCUCCCAAGAGGAUGGACGCCCAACUCAGCUCGGCCCCAGUCUCACGAAUCCCGGAGCUCCCUCAGAGAAGAGCGGAGCCCCCAUCCCCGGCCAUCAGCCCAGUCGAGGGGGCCCUUAGGAGGCCUGAGAUGCCUGUCUUCAGACAACCAGAUGGUUUGGUGCAAGGUGGUGCAGUGGAGAACAACAGCCAUCCACCUCCUGUUCCCAGUGCUCCCCUACCUUCCCUGGUGGAGCCUCGGGAGGAGAGGGUGCAGUCUCCUGUAUCAGAGGCCCCCACAGCCAGACCAACAGACAGGCCAGAGGUGAUUCCCAGCUACAACAGCAGAGCCAUGUCUGAGGCGGUGGUGCCAGAAGCGAUGGUGUCCCCUCCAGUGGUUGCUCUCUACGGGGAGAAGGCCGGGGGUCCAGUGGUGGACUUCAGUUACGUGGGCAUUGACGCCAUUCUGGAGCAGAUGAGGAGGAAGGCCAUGAAGCAGGGAUUUGAGCUCAACAUCAUGGUUGUGGGGCAGAGCGGCCUGGGAAAGUCCACUCUGAUGAACACCCUGUUCAAGUCUAAAGUCAGCCGUAAGUCAGUGCUGGCCAUGGCCCAGGAGAAGAUCCCCAAAACAAUUGAAAUAAAGUCCAUCAGUCACGACAUCGAGGAGAAGGGAGUGAGAAUGAAGCUCACAGUCAUUGACACACCAGGAUUUGGAGACCAGAUCAACAAUGAGAACUGCUGGCAGCCGAUCAUGAAGUUCAUCAAUGACCAGUAUGAGGCGUACCUGCAGGAGGAGAUCAACAUCAACAGGAAGAAAAGGAUUCCAGACUCCAGAGUCCACUGCUGCAUUUACUUCAUCCCCCCCACCGGACACUGUCUGCGGCCUCUUGAUGUAGAAUUCAUGAGACGUCUCAGUAAAGUGGUGAACAUCGUCCCUGUCAUUGCCAAAGCGGACACUCUCACCCUGGAGGAGAGGGACUUCUUCAAAAAGAAGAUCAGGGAAGAGCUGCGAGCCAACGGGAUCGACGUGUACCCCCAGAAGGAGUUUGAUGAGGAUGCAGAGGACAGAAUGAUCAAUGAGAAGAUCAGGGAGAUGAUCCCAUUCGCUGUGGUGGGCAGCGAUCAGGAGUACCAGGUGAACGGCAGGAGGCUGCUGGGGAGGAAAACCAAGUGGGGAACCAUUGAAGUUGAGAACAUAGCCCACUGUGAGUUUGCCUAUUUACGGGAUCUCCUCAUCAGGACCCAUAUGCAGAACAUUAAGGACAUCACCAGCAGCAUCCACUAUGAAAUGUAUCGUGUGAGGCGCCUCAAUGAGAACAACACAGUGGUGGCUCACGCAAACGGUAUCCCAGAACACCAUCUCUCUGCCCACGAGAUGUAAACACCACCUGCCUGGCCCGCAGUCCACCUCACCUAGGUGUCAAUCAUUUCCUAUGAGACUCUGACAGUCUUCCCACCUCUCCAGCCCUCCACUCCAUCCAUCUCCAUCACACAGGUGGGAACAGAAACUUCGCCUGCCAGAGGGACUUUAUGUUUUUUGAUGACUUUCAGCGGCCACAUGGGACCCCCCAUGUCCGUUUGUUGGGUCACAAACGAACAAGAUCCUCUCAUUAUCGCUCACAAAGAGAGCGAAGAGAAGUUUGAAUCUACGUGCUGCAGCUCCAUUUUACAGCCUUCCACAUCUUAGCUUUGUGUUGGUUUUUUUUAUCAAGUGGUGUCAAACGUGAAGCAUCUGCCGAACACAACGGACUGAGACGUUAUAUCUUCAAGAGUCAAAGCAGCCUUAAUCAGAUACAAGUUAACCUCGUCCACUUUAACUUCUUUCAAGCUUGAUGUUUUUAGCAGUGCCUUUGAGAAGCUAUGCAAUAACAACACAUGUUCCUCUUUUCAUCAACAUGAAAGUGAUGAUAUUCAGUGUUGCACUUGAUCUCUACAAAUGUGUGUCUUUGGAAACAUGUCGGAAAGAGGCCGGGCAGCGCUUUGCCAACACGUGACACACAAACAGCCUCAGCAGUCUGUUUUUAGGAUUCCAGCUUUCCCCAGAGGGACGCCAAAAAAGAUUAUCAUAUACCACUUCACAUGUUUUAGGUUAUCUUAUUUUUCCUCCAUGUUUUGCUCUCCAUGUUCAUGUUGACUACGGAUUUUUUAAAGUCUCCGUAGUAAAUGUCUUUUUUUUUAUUGAUAGGAAUAUCUAAAGAGUGAUUUAAAGAUGAGUAAGUAUUUAUGCACGUUUAAAAUGUGAACGUCUGUCAUCUGUAAUGGUCCACUUAUUCACGUUAUCCACACACACACUCUCACUCUUACACGCACACGUUGUUCCUGCCUAUUGGCCCGUCACAGUGCCUUAUUUAUUGGAGAAUGUUCAAGCGUGUUGGCUGAAACUGGAAAGAGAGCAGGUUUGUUAGAGCCAAGUAGGCAACAUUUAGACAUUUUAAAAUCUUCCUCCCUUUUUUAUCAACUGACCCUCUUUUCCUUCAACUUCCCAUCAUAUACCGAGGAUCUUUAUCUGUUUCAAUCAUAUAUCAUUUCCUUGACUGUCACUGUCAUGCUCUGUCCUGUAUAUGCGUCUGUGUUCUGCCAAAUUUUUGUACUUGUAUUAUUGAUAACAAGAUUUUCUUUAUAUUAUUUUAAAGAAAUAAAGAUUAAAGUUGUAAAUAUA